CACACAUUACCCAAAGUACCCAACCCCACAAAUCCGAUUCUAACAUUUAACUUUUGGUGAGGUAGUCUGAAACUCAAUACCUCAAUUUCCUUUUAUGAAAUGAAGAGAUUACUAUCAAUCUUCAGCUUAAGAAAUCUGUACUAUUAUGCCAUUUUGAGCACUAUAAUGUUACAUAUGGUAUGCUUAGCAAAUAGCAGGCUUCACCCAAUAAUACUAGUCCCUGGGAGUGGUGGAAACCAAUUAGAGGCACGGCUUACGUCAGAAUACAAGGCAUCAAGCCUAAUUUGCAAGACAUAUCCAGGGCCACUGCACAAGGAUAAAGAUGGUUGGUAUCGGAUAUGGUUCGACCCGAGUGUUCUUCUAGUUCCUUAUACAAAAUGCUUUGCUGAGAGGAUGACGUUAUAUUAUGACCCGGUUACUGAUGAUUACUACAAUGCUCCUGGGGUUCAGACUAGAGUUCCUCACUUUGGAUCUACUCACUCCCUUUUAUACCUUGAUCCCACCCUCAAGUUAAUCUCGGGAUAUAUGGCACCUCUUGUAGAAUCAUUGGAAGAAAUUGGUUACAUUGAUAGCAAAACCCUUUUUGGAGCUCCAUAUGAUUUUCGUUAUGGCUUAGCCCCAGAAGGGCAUUCGUGCCAUAUCGGAUCUAAGUACCUCCAACAACUGAAAGAUCUCAUUGAAAAUGCAAGUGUGGUAAAUGGAGGUAAACCUGUAAUUAUAAUAUCCCACAGCUUAGGAGGUCUAUAUGUCCACCAAUUACUGUUACGUACCACCACAUCUUGGCGAAUGAAAUUCAUCAAGCACUUUAUUGCACUUUCAACGCCGUGGGGUGGAACUGUCCAAGAAAUGCUCACCUUUGCGUCAGGGUACACCUUAGGAGUCCCCUUAGUCAAGCCAUUGUUAGUAAGGGAGGAACAAAGAAGCUCUGAAAGCAAUCUAUGGCUCAUGCCAAGCCCUACAUUAUUUGGUCAUGUCAAGCCCCUUGUGAUCACCCCAAAUGCUAAUUACACUGCAAAAGAUAUUCCUAGGUUUCUUACUGAUAUUGGAUUUUCGGAAGGUGUACAUCCUUAUAAAACUCGAGUCCUACCCAUGGUGGAGAAAUUAACGGCCCCUGAGGUGCCGGUUACUUGUAUAAUUGGAAGCGGGAUUCAUACACCGGAAACAUUGUUCUAUGAUGCAAAGGGUUUUGAUAAGCAGCCUUCCAUUAUAUGGGGUGAUGGGGAUGGAACAGUGAAUUUAUUGAGCUUGCUAGCAGUUCAAUCUCAGUGGAUAAAUCAACCACUUAGAAUCAUUAAUGUCAAAGGCCUUUCACAUACAUCUGUGUUAAGUGAUCAGAGAUCACUUUAUCAGGUUUUAAAGCUAGUUUCUGAUAUAAACACUGAUAAUUUGGAGUUAAAUACUUCAUUUCUGGAGGAAAUAUCAUGAAUUGUUAGCUAAAUAUUUUCAAUCUUAACAAAAUGUUUGAUACAAUUUAAAUAUAUAAAAAAUUAAGUGAAAUCAUGUUUGAUA